UUUCCAAAUCGGAAUUUAAGUACACGGAAAAAGUGCCUAAUGAAAGUCUGCCGCGCGACACUUAAAAUUUACAAUUCUACGGACAAAAAUGAGUAUCAUAGAGCAAAUUCGAUGUUUAAAUCAAGCAGAGUUAUUCAACAGUUUAUCGACGUUAGGAAAUCUAGUUAUCACUGCUUCUGAACAGAAUCCAGAACUGUUAAGUCCGACAGAAAAAUACCAUGUGUUGGUGUAUUACGCUGGGGCAUUAUAUGAAGAAGAAGAGUAUAAACGUUCGGAGUCAUACUAUCGCAGAGCAUUUCAUCUGAAGAAGUCACUGAAUAGAUGCAAAGGAAAAAGCACUCAGCCAGGCAAUGUGAGUGAGGCUGGUAUACCAUCAGACCUCGAUAUUAAGUACAGGCUCUACCAGUGCAAUUAUAAGUUAAAGAACUUCACUGAAGCUAAGGCAGUGCUUGAAAGUAUCCCAGCUAAGCAGAGAAGUGCAAAAGUCAACCUAGCACUCGCCAAACUUUAUCAACGGACUGGCACAGAGCGGUCUGCUGCUACAGCCUUUAAAGAAGUACUCAGGCAAUGUCCCCUUGCGUUGGAAGCUGCCCAAGGACUGCUAGGCCUGGGAGUAAAGGGAGCUGAAGUGGAGUCACUGACAAUUAACAGUCUUCACUCAAACCAAAACCUAGACUGGUUGAAUUUUUGGUUCAGAGGACAUGCAUAUGGUGCUGUUAAAGAAUAUUCUAAAGCUAUAGCGACCUUCAAGAAUCUUGAAACAGCGAGUGUCUUGAAAGAAAAUAUUAAUGUACUAUGUAGUCUAGCUGAGUAUUACUUCCUGUCUGGUGACAUGAAAAAUGCUAUUGCCAUUUAUUCCAGAAUCCAUUCAUUGGAGCCGCUGUUUUUGAAGGGAAUGGAUAUAUACGCCAGCAUACUAUCAGCCAAUAAGGAUAUCAAGCAGCUACAGAAUCUAUCCACAGACAUGAUGUCUGUAACAGAGAGAAGUCCAGAGUCCUGGAUUGCGAUGGGAUAUUAUUGCGCAGCAUCGGGUAACAAAGCUACCAGGGCUGUGUACUUUGCACAAAGAGCCUUUCAACUGGAUCAGAGAAACGUGCAAGCAUUACUUUUAAAAGGAAGUGUUUUGAAGGACAUUGGAAAAACACAAGACGCGUUGCUUCAUUACAGGGAGGCAGUUAGGCUUGCACCCAACAGAUUUGAAGCUCACAAAGGUACUGUGGAAUGCUUAAUGAAGGCAGGGCGUAUUCGAGAGGCUAUUACCACGGCAACAAACACCCGUAAAGUACUGGGCAACACUGCCAGAUGCAUGACUCUUGUUGCUGCUGUUUUGGCCAAAGACAGGGUUUCAAAAUUAAACCAUGAUCAGGCAAAAACAAUGCUGGAGCGGGCUUUGGCUUUGGACUCCACGUAUCUUGAAGCUACUUACAUCUUGACUGAACUUUACAUGGAAGAAAGAAAUUUUGAUGCCGCCAUGGCACUGUUAAGGAAGCACCUGUUCCACUCCAGUACUUGUCGACUGCAUCAGAUGUUGGGAGACUGCUUAGCUGCAACAAAUGAACACAUUGAUGCCAUUGAUCAGUAUAAUAUAGCACUUAGUCUGGACAACAAAAACAAGAAAGCAAGAGAUGGUCUUGAACGGGUCGAGAAGAGCAGGGACAACUUGGAUCCAGGAGUGGAUGAUGAGAUGGAAGGGAUGGAUGAAAGUGGAGAGGAUGUGGAUUAUGAUGCCAGUGAUGCCGAAGUUUCAUGGGUGGAUGGAGGCGAGUGGUAUUGAAAAUGAUAUCUUGGUUGAUCAAGGCUGGAUACAAUGGACUUGUGCAUCAGGAAUGGCAUUAAUAAAUAUUUUUAUUUAAAAGAGAAUGACACUGGCAUAGAGUCAGUUUGAUCAGCAGUAUUAUCCUUUCAAAGUUUAUACUUCAAAUAAAGUACUGUAAAUAACUAAUUGAUUAUUACUAUAAAAAUAUACAGUGACAGUAUCCUAUCAACACUUAAUGAGCUGUGCAUGCAGAUUGUGAUGCUGCACAAAAAAUGAAUGUUAAUGGGAAAGUGAGAAGAACAUUUUCAUUUGUUGAAAAUGGACUGUUGUUUUCAAUGUAGGAGAGCCAAGUUGAAUGGAACAGUACAUCUUUUAAUGAAUGGAAUUAGUUUAUCCAUUGUGCUGGAAAACAUUCAUUAUAAGUGACAGACUACCUUUUGUCUUUUGAUAUGUUAUGAAAAAUAAAGUUUGGUCCAUCUUUCAACAAAUGAAAACAUUUUUUAUAACAAGUAGGUUGAGGCAGGGAACAGUGAAACCUGUUUCCUGGUUAAGGUGUUUAAUAGGACAAAAUAAGUUUAACAACAAUAUAUGGAAAUUGAACCAAAUUUACAUGAAGAAUGUUGGAAAUCCAAAAAGUAGAUUAUUGUCACAGGAUUAAAUCCACCAAUCAAAUGACAAGGAUCUCUUUAUAUUAUACCUGGCAAGGGAAUAUGUAGUGAUGUACUAUAGAGUAAUACUGUAUAUAACAAACUGACUGUAAAUAUAAAUACCUAAUCAUACUAUAUGAUAGUCGUUGGAACUAUAAUUUAAUUUGAGAUAAGAAAUAUCAUGCAAAGUAAAAUACCACCUUUAUUAGCCGAAAAAUUGAUUAAAUUGUAUCAUUCAGUAUUUU